AUGUCUUGGCAAUCCUACGUGGAUGAUCAUCUGAUGUGUGCCCUUCCUCACGGAGGACAGUUGGUGGCGGCUGCACUUUAUGGUCAGGAGGAUGGUAACUGUUGGGCGCAGAGCGCUGAAAUGCCAGUGAUCACUAAAUCGCAGCUCGACGGUAUUAUUGACGCGUUCGACAAUCCACAGACGCCGCUGGCGUCAAAUGGGCUGUUUCUGGGUGACGAGAAGUUCAUGAUGGUGGCGGGUGACCCUGGCGCUGUCGUUCGUGGCAGACAGAAGGAAAACAAGGAAAAGGGCCGGAAGGGCCGUGGUUGCUGCAUCAAGAAGACUGGUAGUGCGUUAGUCUUCGGCAUUUUCGAAGAGCCUCGCCCCUCCGCAAAUCGAAAGAUCAACUAUCUACGAUCCUCAUCGACCUCAGAUACCUGGCCCGACGAACAAUCGGUAGUUAGAUCUUGGAGUCCAAUUGAGUGCAGCGACCCGCGCUCAACGCAGCGACCCGCGCUCAACGCAGCGACCCUUGCUCAACGCAGCGACCCGCGCUCAACGCAGCGACCCGUGCUCAACGCAGCGACCCGCGCUCAACGCAGCGACCCGUGCUCAACGCAGACUGACUGUAACCGUCAAGUGGAGAGCAGGCAAGUCCAGAUGAUGGCGCGACUGCUAGGCCCUGCCAGCUCAGCUAUGGCUGCUACCAUUAAGAUGAGCAUUCUUACGCUUGUCUUCCUCCUCCACCUCCACGCCGCGUCGUCGCUGUCACCAGCGUCGUCUCUGAGUCAAGAAUCAUCUCCGCUCGAUACGCCUCGGACGAAUUUCCUCUGGCGCUUCCUGCGAAGCUGGCAAGCAGCGCAUCAUCCGCCGCGAACGGCGGCUGGCGCGGCGAAGCGGCCGUCGUUAUGGCUUCAGUACCGGCGCCACCUGAGCGGGAAUCCCGCUGACGCGAACGUUGACCUGGCGUCAUUCACGCGAUACCACGGGGACGGAGGGCCGUACUCGCUCACUCCUGGGAUCGAUCCCACCGACCAUUCGCUUGAUGACGUGGCAACGCCCUUCGGACGGCGUCGCCGACUGCAAGAGAAGAAGCAGAAGGGACCUUGCACCCCCCUCUCGGAAGCCAAGGUCAUCCCCGUUUCAAGCCCAUCCGACAUCAACAAGCGGCUACAGCACCCCAAUUCCGUCACCGUCAUUCUCGAGGUCACCCGCGACCUCGUCCUUCCCAAGGGCCUCGUUUUCUCCGGCGCCUUCCGCUGCACAAUUUUCCGGUCAGCCCAGGGGAAGCGAAACUUCAAGGUUUCUCUGAUGGGAGACAAAGAGCCGGUGAUUCGCGUGUGGAACACCAGCAACGUGGUUAUCUUGAGGCUGGAUUUUUGGCUGGGCGUGACGGCGCGGUCCGGUGAAUGCGAGUUGCUAUUGGACACAGAUAUAGGCCGCGGCAAUACGUGUCCUACGAUCCACAUCUGGCGGUCCCAUAACGUUCAGGUCGCGAAGGGGAGCUUCUGGGGUCGGAUCGACGUGUUUCGUGCCAUGGCUACACGUGUAGACAGUAUGAAGGGUACCGGGUUAACGCUUUUCGUCAAGUCGCCAGGAGUUGUUCGCGUAGCGUUUUCAGGUUACGGUCCCGCGCUGCUGAAAUCCUGGGUUGCGCUAACCAAUAACGAGCUGUACGGUGUAGACCAGCCGAUUGUGCUUCAAAACGGCGCAGUGGGGGUUAUAGCGAGGAACAACUACAUCCACGACUUUUUAUUCGCGGGGAUUCGAUGCGGAGCUGACGUGUACAACCAAGGGGACUGCAUGCUGACGACGCUCAGCAACAACCUGAUCGUCGCGUCCGGGCGGAACAUGUCGGGCGACCACGACGCGGCUGGGAUCUACUACUGCACGCACUUUUUCAACCCAGGCAUGCCGGGGUGGUGCCAGUGCUACACGCCCACCAUCAACAAUUGCGCCAAGAAGCCUGGGACCUACUGGGAGGAGAUGCGCAUUAACUACUACAACUCGCCGGUCAUCAACCAGGUGCCUGCACAGCCCUGCUCUGACACGCCUCUCUUUGUUGCUGCGUACAUGCUUGCCUUGUCGUUUGCAAGCUAUCAAUCCAUGCAGCGCUACGGUUACGAUGGGUCGAAAGCACUCUUUUUUCUUCGCAGCGCUCCUUCUCCUUGUCCUCUCCACACUCUCAGAUUCAGCUUCAGGAGCCGGUGCGGUGCUUGUGUUACUUCCCUUGCCCCCUCCCUUGUCUCAAUUCCUCUCGAUCCUUCAUUGUUUCCGCCGCAACCGCGUUUCCGCUUCCCGUGUUCCUCUUUGUUCCCCAACCUCCCCCGCUCUCCCCUUCGUCCCGUUUGUCAUUCUUCGUUUCCUCCUAUUUCCCCUCUCCCCUUAUCCCCUGGUGUCGCGGUCUCAACUACUCCCCGUUUCCACUCUCCGCCCAUCCCCUCUCCGCGUCUCCCGUUUUCUCCUCCCCCCGACUUCCUGUCCCCCUCUCCUUCUUUCCCCUUCGCCCGCUUCCCCCCCUUUCCCCGUCGCCCCUUCUCCUCAGGAGACAUACAGCAACCCAACUUUCUAAAGCGCUUCGUGACCACGUGGCGGCACUGGCACCGCGCGGUGACGUCCCGCUCGUCCACGUCAACAUUGCUGCAGCACCGGCGCUAUCUCAGCGCCGACCCGGCGGAGGCUGCUGACGUGGCGCGCGUGCUGCGCCGACGUGGCGGGUGGUGGCACGACGCGGACGGCCAGGCUUACGUUUCAACUUCUGGAGACGAGACGAUACAGGAGGUGACUGAUGACGUGGCGGAAGGCAUCGUCUCGCGGAGACGGAGAAAGCUGGUGGCAGCGAACGCGACGGGCCCAUGCACUCCGCUCGCGGACGCCAUCCUCAUUACAGUCACAACCGAAGAAGAUAUUGCUAAGCGGACACAGUACCCCAACAAACAGACCGUUAUCUUGGAACUGGCCAAUGACAUUACGCUUUCCAAGGGCCUUGUUUUCGACGCUGCGUAUCGGUGCACCAUCUUCCGGUCGAGCGCGGCUAAAACAAACUACAAGAUUGCUUAUAUGGGGGACACGGAGCCACUGCUGCUUAUAGCGAACACCAGCAAUGUUAUCAUCCUUCGCAUUAAUUUCUGGAUGGGUGUAACAAUGAGGUCCCCGGAGUGUACUGAUUUCCUGUACACGGAUCUUGGGUCGGGCAACACGUGCCCUACAAUCAUGCUGUGGCGCGUGCACAACACGCAGGUCGCCAAGGGCUUUGUCUACGGCCGCAUUGAUGUCCUCCGAGCCAUGUCGUCGCGUGUCGACAACAUGAAGGUUACCGGGUUACCGCUAUUCGUCAAGUCCCCUGGCGUUAUCCGAGUGUCCUUUUCGGGGUAUGGGCCAGCUCUCCUCAAGUCAUGGGUCGCCAUCACAAACAAUGAGGCGUAUGGUGUGGAUCAGCCAAUCAUUCUUCUCAAUGGCGCAGUUGGUGUGCUGGUCAGAAGAAACUACAUCCACGACUUUUUAUUCGCUGGAAUUCGGUGCGGAGCAGAUGUGCACAACCAAGGGGAUUGCAUGCUGACGACAAUCAGCAACAACCUGAUUGUCGCGUCCGGACGGAAUAUGUCAGGCGACCAAGACGCGGCUGGGAUAUAUUACUGUACACAUUUCUUCAAUCCCGGAAAUGUUGCAGAAUGCAACUACAUUUUCAACGGGGACCAUUGUUACUAUUUGGAUUACGUUUCGUCGGGAAUCAAGAUUCGCGGAGGAGCUUGUGUGAAUACGUUUGAUGGAAUGAAGGUCAACAAUGGCAAAUGGAACGUUAUAACAGAUGUGAUUAUGAAGGGGACGCAGAAUACACCUGGUUGGGUCGCGUGCUUCACUCCCACGAGCAACAACUGCCUCACACACUCUGGACAGUACUGGGAGAAAAUGCGGCUUAAAUACUACAAUUCACCUGCAAUAUUGCAGGCCAACCCGUGGUUCCCUACUAUACUGCGAGCGGCUACCUACAGUGGAAAGCGGACGGCUUAA